GUUAUACAUGGAAGAAGAAGAAGAGUCAAAGAGAUUCGAGUCGUCUCACAGUGCAUCGUUUGCUUCUUAGUGGGCGGAUGAUCGUCUCGAAAAAAAAAAAACCUGAUGUAAUGUUACAACAUGUGGUUAGCCCUGCGCGCAUCGUAUCUAGUAGCAGUGGUUUUAUGCAAUAUUCAAGAUAGUUUAGAAGAUGAAAAUACAAAGAGAAGUUUCCUUACUCGAAGAGCCAUUGAUGGAAGCAGAGGAAGGAAAUACUAUGAUGCUAAGGAUGAUGGCUUCUUCGAGGAUUAUGGUUUCGACAGAGGUCAUUAUAAUGCUCGAGAUAGAUCCGGCUCAUCGGACAUUAGAAGCAGCGUUCCAGGUGAGCCGGGAGUAGAUUAUCCAGCAUAUGAGAGACUACCUCAGACAAGUUUUACUUGUGAAGGACGUGACCGAGGUUACUAUGCCGACGAUGAGGCUGGUUGUCAAUUGUUUCAUGUAUGUGACAAUAUUCUCGUAUCAUCAUUCCUCUGUCCAGUUGGAUCACUUUUUAGUCAAAAGCUUCAAACAUGCGACUGGUGGAAUAAAGUUGAUUGUUCAACAACAAGAAAAUUUUAUACAAUAAAUCGCAAUUAUUAUGAUCAAUCGGAUGGCGAUGAAAUGAUACGAAAGGCCUAUGUAAUGAUACAUCUUCAACCAGAUGAGGGACUCAUAACUGAACCUGAAGAACGUGCACAACAAGGAAAAAUCACUCACUAUCCAAGAGUUGAUGCACCGGAAAAUGAUUUACCAACAAAUUAUGAUGAUUCUGAAAAUCCAUCAUCAUCAUUUCACGACUAUUCAAAACAAUUUAAAUCAAAUCAAGAAAUUGAUCACGAUGAUAGUUACAAUGAUCACAUUCUCUAUUCACAUGAAUAUCAAAAUCCAAAGAUCUAUCCAAAUUCUCUAUUGAGAAUUCAUAAAAAUAAUGAUGAAACAGAAUUUAGAAAUCGUCAUUCACAAAAGGGGAAUUCAUAUCGAUUUAAUGAAUUUGUUAGUGAUGAAUAUCAACCGUCUUAUGCGCCAACUGUUCCAACUGUAACUACCACAAGUCGACGAUUUUAUUCUCCAACUGUGCCAAUGAGUUAUAGAUCAUCAACACUCGCCUAUGAUAAAUUUGAUCAAAAUUUAGAUAGUUCAAUUCAUCUCUAUGAACAUGGGAGAAAUUCUCUUUCAACAACAACUCCAGCUACUCCAUUUCGUUUUAAGAAUUCAACUCGUGGUUUUCUCAAAUAUUCAUCUUCAAAUGAAAAAGAAGAAAACAUUCAUGAAAAAGAUCAAUUUUACGAUGACAAUGAUGAUAAUGAUGAUGAGAAAUUUGAAAUUAUGGAAGGUAGAGAAAGUAUAGGAUUGGUGAGAUCAUCAUCGGAACGAUUGGAAGAAGAAACUGUAACGCAAUCAUUAAUUGGUGAUAAUUCAUUUGAAAAUUCAACGAAAAAUUUACACGAAUUUGCAAAUUCCAAACAGACAAAUAAGAGUCAUUCCAAUUUCAGUGAAGAGGACAGAGAAUUUGAUUAUGAAUCAAGAACAGAGGACAAAUAUGAUGAUUAUGAAUCUAAUGAUGAUGAAUUGAUAAAUUCCAACAUUAAUUCCACUGUUUCUAAUAAUUCCGCUAAUGAUGAUUCAGUGCAAGGGAACGAUGAUGAAUUAUCAUUGAAAGAAGGUGAUGAUCUUUUAGAAAAAGUUGAAGAUUCUAAAGAAAUUGAAAAUCAUUCAAAAGAACAAGAUAAUCUGAAGAAUCAUCGAGAUUAUUCCAAGGAACAUCGAGAUUAUUUCAAGGAUCAUCAAGAUUAUCCAAAAGAUCAUCAGGAUUAUUCCAAGGAUCAUCAAAAUUAUUCCAAGGAACAUCGAGAUUACUCCAAGGAUUAUCAAGAUUACCAAAAAGAUCAUCAGGAUUAUUCCAAGGAUCAUCAAGAUUAUUCCAAGGAUCAUCAAGAUUAUUCCAAGAAUCAUCAAGAUUAUCCAAAAGAUCAAAAAAAUCAUCAAGAUUAUUCAAAGGAAGAACAAAAUUAUCCAAAAAAUGAUCAACAUAAUUCAAAAGAAAUAUCAACAACUUCUGAUCCAAUUUUCAAUCUUGCCCCUCAAUUAUUCAACUCGGAGGAAAAAAUAAUUCCCGAAUUGUCUUCAGUUUUACAACCACCUCUGGUUCCCUAUCAAUCAUUUCGUUCUUUAGAUUCUGAUCAAAUUCCCCCGCCAAUGGCAAUAAAUAGACCACCACUACCAUAUCAACAUUAUUCAAAUAAUCAAUCUAAUUUAACGGAAAAUUUACAAUCUAAAAAUGCCAGCAAUAUAUUUUUUGAAAAUCACGAUAAUGUAGAAAAAAAUAAUUCAGAAAAUUUCCAAAAUAAAAAUAAUAUAAAUUCACCUACAGAUGGAAAUUUUUCCAACAAUGAUAGGGAAAAUAAUUCAUCAAGUAACAAUGAUUCAUUUAUAAAUAGUGAGGAACAAAUUUUGAGAAAAUAUAAUGAAAAUCUUGAUUUUACAAUAAGAUCAUCAAUUUGGAAUCAUCGUGAUUCGUUGGCUAAGGAAAAAUUUGAGAAUCCACUUUUGAAUCAUAGAACAAUUGCCCUGGAUUUAGAACCACCUAAUGAGGAUUUAUUAUUAAAUUUCGAUUCUCAAACUUCUUCACCUACAACAAUUCAAGAUUCCACUAAAUAUGAGUCAAUUUCCGAAAAUCAACCAAUAGAAAAUAAUUUUGAAGCCAGUAGUAUUUUACAACCAGAUUUUGUAUCACCUGAAAUAAUUAAAAACAAUGCUCCAUAUCAAGUAACAUUGCCAAUAAAAGAUGAAUCAAAUACAGAGAUAGUUUACAAUUUAAACGAAAAAAAUAAAUUUGAUGAAAAUUUUCAAAUUGAAAAUUCUAAAGAAUCCGAAAUUUCCGAUGAAUCAUCAAAAGAUACAUCAUUAAUUUCUCAUCGCGAUGAUUAUCAAUUGAAAUUAAUUCAAAAGGAAGAGGAAAAUUUGGAAAUACACAAUAGAACGGGUAAAAGUGCAGAAAUUGAAAAUGAUCAACGACAAAUGAGAAUUCUACAAUUAAUGUCCGAAUUGGCUAAAACUAAUCGAUUGCCAAGACCAUUUUCCACUCAAAUUGAAAAAAAUAAUAAUCAAACGAAAUUAUCAUCAAUUAAUGAAUCUUCUUUUCUUCGUAAGGAACAAAUACUCGAACAAUUGACAAAGAGUUUUGGUGAGCCAAUUUAUGGUAAUCAAAGAGAUGAAAAUGAAUCAUUAUUUCAAUUACCGUAUGUAAAUAGAUUCACGGAAUUUAGAACUGGAAAAUCAAUUAUUCCCGAAGAGGAUUCGACUUUGGGUACAAAAAAUGAGGAAGGGAAUGAAGAAGAAGAAGAAAAAGAAGAAAGAAAAAGAGAAAAAUUAGAAAAAGAUGAAAAAGAUGAAGUAGAAGAAGUAGAAAAUCAAGAAGAAGAAGAAGAAGAAACAGAAGAAGUAGAAAAUGGAGAAGAAAAAGAAGAAGUAGAAAAUGAAGAAGAAGGAGUAAAAGAAGAAAAAGUAGAUACGAAAAAAGAAGAAAAUAGUGAAAAAAUAAAGAAAACAGUGGUAGAGAUGGAGUUUCUACCAUCAUUAGGUUUUUCCUUCGACACUCACGAGGGAAGAGAGGAAUAUGCUCAAGCAAUUCUUCAUGGUUUAGUAACUGAGGGGGCUAUAGUUAAAUCUAAUGAUAAAUUUUCAUCGAGAAAAUUAACUUUCGACAGUACUGAAAGUACCAAAAAUAUUUGACAAAAAAAAAGUACCUAAGAAUUAUUAUUGCGCGUGAUUUUCAGUGUGAUUACAUAUUACAUAAAAAAAAAAAAUAGAACCUUUAUCUGUAAUUUGUGUACUGAAAAUAAAAAUUUUUUUCUAGAAAUA